CUCAAGCUGUCACAAAGUAUAAGAACCUACGGCUCUACCGUGCAUUUAUCAGAACAAACCCAUUCAUUCAUUACCUUCUCAACAACCCAAUUUUUAGAUCCAGUCAUUCUUCUUUCCAACAUUCGUUUACUUUCUACCAUUCAACCAAGCCUUUCAAUCUUGUCAUAAUGCAGUUCACCACCAUUGCUACUCUCCUAGGCCUUGCCGCCACUGGCCUCGCUGCGCCUACCUCCUCCGCCAGCGGAGAGGUUGCUGCUGUUGGCCUACGAUCUACCGAAGCCGUCAACACCACUCCCAACUUUGAGAAGCGCAAGUUCAGAGGCGGUUGGUGCGGUUUGCACAUGAAGAUCGUCGACGGAGACUACUCCCAGGCCACCAUCACGAUCAAAGACGGCGAAGGAAACUCUCUUGAAACCACGCAUAAACAGGAGGCGAGAGGUAGCAUCCUAUAUUUCGAGUUCACCAAGGGUCUUCCCACCAGUGAUCCUAUCAACAUUCAAGUUGGAGGCCUCAAGGCAGGCUUGGCACGCAUCGAAUACAAAGAUCAGGACAUCAGCACUGGAGGCUACAACACUCAGAACGCCAACUGCAAGGUGGGCAAGUAUGACCAGCCUAAUGUAUACAAAGACCGCACCACCGUCGAUCUGGACUGUGGUUUCUCAUGCUAA